AUACUUAAAUUCGUAAACAAAAAUAUUGUAACCAUCUUCGUAAAAUAAUAAAAAUAAUACCUUUUUUUCACCCUUUUUCAUACCUAACUGAUGCUACCCUAAUAAUUUCCUACUUUGAACAAACAAAUCCUAAUAAGCCAUUCCUGCCCGUUGGCCGUUGGACCACUAUUAGGCGCGCGCAUAGCUAGCACGAACGAAGCAUCCCAUAGGUGACAGCCUUAUUUUUUGAGCAACGGCAAGAUAACAGAUAUGCACCCAUAAUAAUGACAAAGGGAUCCCGACAUCAACUUCGAUUGUAAGGCUGGAAAUAUACAAGGCUUCUCCGAGACAAUAAUAAACCCACCCAGCCUGCUCAAAGCAUGGAUUAUAUUUGUUGGAAAUGCAUUUCAUGCAUGUUCCACAAAGAGAAUUUUGUCAAGUACUUAAUGUUCUAUCAUGGCAGCACUGAAAUUAAUUAAAUAAAACCAACAAACUUAUCCAUGACUUGAUCAAUAACUUAGCAUUGUAAUCAUGGAGAAGCAACAGCUACAGCAAGGUAAGCUAGGUUGUAAAGAUAAGACGUGCUUCGAUGGCAGAAGCCCACACCUUUCCAUCUCUCUCUCCUCUUUGUAAUGACAGCACCGCGCCUCAAUAAAACCGGCCAGUCCCACGCUCGCGGCUCGCCCCUCCACAUCCAUCAGAGAAGAGAGAGAGAGACGAGACGAGAGCGCAGGAGAGCUCAGAGAGUGUGUGGUGUGUGUUGAGCUUGCUGAAAGGGGAGCGGCAAUGUCGAAGGAGGUGAGCGAGGAGCCGGAGCACGCGCGGCCCAAGGACUACACGGACCCGCCGCCGGCGCCGCUGUUCGACAUCGGCGAGCUCCGGCUGUGGUCCUUCUACCGAGCGCUCAUCGCGGAGUUCAUCGCCACGCUCCUGUUCCUGUACAUCACGGUGGCCACCGUCAUCGGGUACAAGGUGCAGUCCUCCGCCGACCAGUGCGGCGGCGUUGGCACGCUCGGCAUCGCCUGGGCCUUCGGUGGCAUGAUCUUCAUCCUCGUCUACUGCACCGCCGGCAUCUCCGGAGGGCACAUCAACCCGGCGGUGACGUUCGGGUUGCUGCUGGCGAGGAAGGUGUCGGUGAUUCGCGCGGUGAUGUACAUCGUGGCGCAGUGCCUGGGCGGCAUCGUGGGCGUGGGCAUCGUCAAGGGCAUCAUGAAGCACCAGUACAACGCCAACGGCGGCGGCGCCAACGUGGUGGCCAGCGGCUACUCCAACGGCACCGCCCUCGGCGCCGAGAUCAUCGGCACCUUCGUCCUCGUCUACACCGUCUUCUCCGCCACCGACCCCAAGCGCAACGCCCGCGACUCCCACGUCCCGGUGCUCGCGCCGCUCCCCAUCGGGUUCGCCGUGUUCAUGGUGCACCUGGCCACAAUCCCCAUCACCGGCACCGGCAUCAACCCUGCCCGGAGCAUCGGCGCCGCCGUCAUCUACAACCAGAAGAAGGCAUGGGACGACCACUGGAUCUUCUGGGCGGGGCCGUUCAUCGGAGCGCUGGCGGCGGCGGCGUACCACCAGUACAUCCUCCGGGCGGCGGCCAUCAAGGCACUCGGCUCCUUCCGGAGCAACCCCAGCAACUGAGCAUUAGUUAGCUGCUCUGCUGCUGGUGCUCCACCCUGGCCUGGCUGGACUUGGUCUUAUCGUCAUCAUCAUCGUCGAUUUGCAUGUUGAGUGAAAGUGAGUGAGAAGAGCGUCGGGCGUGCCAGCCAGGGUGCAUGAUUUGUUUGUUUCUUCCAGCUUAAAUUAUCACCGUUGUCACUGUUGUUAAUUAAACCGGUGGGGAUCUCUUUGUUGUAUGUACCUCGAUUAAUUAGUUUUUGCUUGUUGUUAUCAGUGUUAGACGCACAGCAAUAUCAGUUCAGUCGAUCGGCUACCCUUUGUAAAACCGCUGUAAGAACUUCCACCAUUUGCCACGCAUGUGCUCUGUUUCUUGGAUGAUGCUACUAUUAGUGGUGUGAGCAUCAGCCUGAUUCUGGUAUUAUCCAGUUGGUUGGUUAGCUUUAAUCAUAUCACUUGAGCCAA